AUGGUGAAGAAAUUCUGUUGGGCAUGGAAAGUUUCAAAAAGUAGAAAGAACACAAUUAAGAAUCUAGAAGGAAGUAGCACUACACAAUUGUUCAAACACGUUAAUACUUUGGAUAAAUGGAAUCGAAAAAACAUUAUCGGUGACAUAGAUUAUAAAUCAAUCCUGGUCCAACACAGUGCUGAUUGGGAUUCGGAGUGGAGCCCCGGUGGUUUCAGCGACGUUGAUGACGACGUUCUUGUCGGAUUUGGCUACCAACUCAACCAGACAUACAUUGACUUUGAUGAGCUCGUCACCGAUAAGAAGCACUCCUGGAUUUCCCUCGGAUCCGAUCAAUGA